UUAUCGCAUAAGGAAAAUUCGAUACUAUGAUAUUGCAAUUCAUCGAACAAAGAAGUCUUUCACAGAUUAUGCGUUACAAUAAUCACUUCUUUCGAACCGUUGUGAGCGUUCUUCCCUGUUGGGUACACCACUACGAGUAGAUGCACAACACACAGGCCGGAGAUAUGUGGACCGCGGGGCUGCUGGUCUGUUGCCUGCACUGUGUAUAUGCAACUAGUGUCAACACAUCCACGGAGACAAAACACAUCUUUAUAAACAAGGAGGAAAACAACUGGUGGAAUGCUCGGAAAAACUGUACGAUGGCGCCGAAAAGGGAUCUGUAUAUUUCUGAAGCAGAGUUCCCCCUUCCAGUCGUGGAUGAACACCUACAAAGCAACACUUUCUACUGGGUAGGAGCCAUGAGGUAUUCAACAUGGAUAUGGACAGAAGAUGGUACCCCGCUCUACAACUAUAAUGGAUACAGUACAACUCCAGGAAGCAGCCCCCAAAGCAACUUGUCUUACAACUCCGUUUUCGAGUGUCACCUCAAAUGUCCAUCCAACCGUAUAGUGGGCCUGAGCGGGCAAAGGUGUUAUUGUCUCGGAAAUGCGACAUCAGUAACAAAUACCAGUGAAGGUGGGAUGCAGUGUCCUGGCAACCCAGAUGAAAUGUGUGGCAAUGACGAUGUCAUGUCAGUCUACACACAAGGAAACUUCAGCUUUAAACCCAGGAGGACUGGAGUAUGUGCUUAUGCAGAAAAAAACUGCUACUACAAUCUCAAUAAAACUAGACUAUUACUACAAGUGUGUAACACAAAGGCGAAGAUUUGCAUAUUAUUCCAACAAUACUCACCACUGGAACUGUAAUGGGAGCGUUUGUGCGUCGGCGGGAAACAACUCGCAGUCAUGGAUCAACGCUCAUAACUCAAAUGAUCUGAUCAAACUAAUCUCCUCCACUGCAAGAGAUAUCGGCAAUAUUCCAGGAAAUCCUAGAUUUUGGAUUGGGCUUGUACUAAAAGUCACAUGGAAAUGGAUUAAUGGACAAGAGGUCUAUGGCUCUGGUGAGAACUUUCCGCUAAUUAGUUCACCAACAACAACAUGCCUAGCUAUGAAAAACAACCAUGGCAUAUGGAAGCCGUACUGGAUACCAUGCAAUUUGCGCCUUGCAUCUAUUUGUGAAGCUAAAAGAGUUAUAUCACAAUCAACAUCGACGUUAACGUCUACAUCAACGUCAACGCCGUCAUCAACACAGUCGCCGUCGUCAGGAGGAGAUUCCACGGAUGUUCCUUCCCAUCCCUCUACUGGCAAGCAGUCAGAUGUAGUUGGACAAGCUGGUAGUCAGAGAGGUGUUAUCAUAGGACUGGCUAUCGGCAAUGCGGUUUUCUUACUGAUAGUCAUCGGUUUAGUGUUUCUUCUGCAAAGAGAACGGAAACUCCGUUUGGAUAGAAAAGAUACGAAUCAACAGGUGAACCUCAACCCGCCAACAGAAAACACGACCUACGACGGUUUCGAUGUUCCGAGAGAUAAUGGAGCAUACUCUGUUAUAACCCCAGACACAAUUGACGGGAAGCCUUUCACUCCCCCUGUUCCAACAGUGACAGUAAACCCAAACACUCACACUGCGAAAAUCUACGUGAACCAUCCUGAGACUGAUGUUGAGAAGGUGUCCAAUUCCCUCUCAACGCCAAGUAAACAACACACCGACAUGCCAAGAGGAAAGCCCCACAUGCACAUCUCCGGACCCGACUACGACACAGCAGAAUGUAUUCUAGAGUCGAGAAGCGGAGAUGGAGGGGACACUGGGCUGGAUAGAUCUGCAGGAGGUACUGGUGUAGCCAACUCCGAGGGUGUUCAGUACCACAUCCUCGAGAAGCGCAGCUCCACGGGAAGGGAUGAAAGUGAUGCUGGUUUGUAUGACCACACGGAAGCAGCAGAGGGUAACUACGACACCACACAUCAAGGGGGGAAGGCCAGAAAAGUAGAUGACUCGUACAGUCACAUAGGCGCGAUGGACAAGGGGUUUAUAGAAGGUGCAUAUGAUGUCGCUAGUGCUGGGCCUAUUGUGAUCAGGUUGGAUGACACUUACAACCAUACGUAUGAGACCCAUAAUAAGGCCACUGAUUAGUAUAACACAUGAUCUGUCGUCAGAGAUAACUGAAAUCGUGGUAAUGAUGUAUUUGCUUGCAGAGAUCACGAUGGUACAGGUAGGAGUGUUUGGUCGUACAAAGGGAAAUACUUUUAGGACAUGAGAAAAAAUAACUGUACAGUAAGAUGGGAUUAUCUUUCCAGUGUUGCUGGAUAAAACUAGUUUGAUUGAAGCAAAAGUCUCUCUUUACAGGUCAAAGAGCCAUAUCUUGACGGAAGUUACGUAACAAUUAUGGAAUAAAUUAAAGUUAGUACUUUUAAGGUAAAGAGUGGUUAAAGUUAGUUUUUGUUAUUAGUGAUGCAGUUGAACAUUGAACUAUUACAAGUAAAAACGAGUUUCUCAAAAGGUUGUCUCCUGUAGGAGUCAGUUAAAACAAAACUUCAAAAAAAGUGAAGUGGUUAAUGCUGACGUUAAGUUCUUUCAAUCUUUCUAUAUCUUUUCAUUGCGGGGGCACGGGUGGCAAAGUCGUAUAAGGCGCCGCGAUUCGCUGUGCAGAGCUGCGUCCCUUCGGCACGC